AUGGGAAAAAAACUAAUGGCUAAGCUUAGUGAAUUGGCACGAAACGAAAUAGUCGAAGAAGAUCUAAACGAUGAGAUAAAUAAUUUCUUUCAAAGUCCCUCUGAGCAAAGAUCAACCGACUCUAUUAAGAGUUCUCCUGAACAAAGAUCUACAAACCCAAUUAAGAGACGACGAAGAUCGGAAAUUACAAGCGAUGAACGAGGCACUUCCAAUGAAGCAGACAACAAAAAGGACAAGCUCAAGGAAUUUCAAGAAUCCCACGCAAAAAUGAAACAAGAUAAAAAGUGGGUUCUAUCAAAUGGAAAGUGUGUCGAGGACAUUAUCUUUAAACACUGUAGGCAACUGCCUAUCGAAACGUAUCUCCAUUCGUGGAUUAUCGAUUUGGAUGAUCGAGAAGCCGAAACGUUAUUUAAUGUGGAAGAGUGGAAUGAGAUUCGUCAUUCUGUAAGAGAAUUACCACAAGUUCAAACAAAAGACGAACUAAGACAGAUUUUAAAAACCACGUCUUUUCUAAAUGAGGGUGAGCUUUAUAAUCGUGAAACUCACUAUGAUGCAGAAGCACGUACUCGUCACAAAAAAUUGGAGCGUAAAAAGAUGGGAUACCGAAUGGACGAGUAUGGAGUAAUGGAAGUCGCCAAAAAAUUUGAAGCAACAAAAUUACUUUCUGAUGGAUAUAAAAUAGGAAAAGUUAUGCAUGAUACAUUUAUAUGUCUUAGUCAAAAAGUCCAUUUUGAAGAAGCAAGAGUAAGGAAAUUGCGGGUUGUUGGCAUGUUACACUUAGGUCUCAAAGCCCAAGUUCUACAUUUGAGUAGUCCUAAGGGGUAUGUGUCAAUAUUAAAAAGGGAAAAACUUCUUGAGGUACCAGCUAAAAUUGAUAGAAUUAAAGAUCUUAUUAGGGUCUUGGCUAAUGUAUGGAUAUUGAAGAGAGUAGUCAUGGACUGUGUAGAAACAGUAAACAUGAAAACCCAAAAUCAUGCCGAUUUUUUGCAAGAAAUUAUUGGAAUGGCAAAAUUAGUUCGUUAUGGUUGUGAAAUUAAUUUUUAUAAUUG